AUUCUAUGCAUCUUUUGAGUCUUAUGUGGCAGCUCAUCUCUUUUGGCAGCGGCUACAGUACAACAUGGACCAACUCUUAAUACGCCAUGUGGAACUUCUGGGUUUUGAGAAAAGAUUUUUUCCCAGUCAGCACUAUGUAUAUAUGAUCUUAGUGAAGUGGAGUGAUCAGUCAGAAAAACUGGUCUAUAGGAGAUAUCCAGAGAUUCAUGAAUUUCAUAAAACUCUUAAAGAGAUGUUUCCUAUUGAAGCAGGUGAAAUUGAUGUAAAAGAUAAGUGCAUACCAUCAUUACCAGCACCAAAGUGGUUGGACAGCUUGAAGAAUACAGAAACCAGACAGGGCACCUUGACUGAGUACUUCACCACUCUCAUCCAUCUGCCAGUGAAGAUCUCACAGUGUAAGAUGGUUCGAGAUUUCUUCAGAGUCCGACCGGAGGAUGAGACUCCCCCUGCGCCACACCCGUUCAAAAGAAACGAAACCUAUGUAAUGUCAAAAGGUCGCCCUAGAAGCAACACCUCUGAAAUCACUGGCCCAAUCAUGCUUGACAGCUACCGGGUGAUCGCAGACUACAGCAAAAGUUCAAAAUACGAACUCAACCUGAAGGCAGGAGACUUGGUGGAGAUAGUUGAGAAAUGUCCUAAUGGUUGGUGGUUCUGCAACUGCGAGGCCCAGCGUGGUUGGAUACCAGCUUCCUAUCUGGAGCCCCUCGAUGGCCCCGAUGAGUCUGAGGAGCCAGAGCCUAACUAUGCGGGAGAGCUGUACAUAACCACCAAGGCCUACAAGGCAGUAGAGAAGGAUGAAGUCACUCUUGAGGCUGGAGAGAUCAUUGAAGUCAUCCACAAACUCCUAGAUGGGUGGUGGGUGAUCAGGAAGGGGGUGGAAACAGGAUAUUACCCAUCUAUGUUCUUACAUAAGACUGAGGAGGAGGGGAAAGAAACCGAGGCCGAAAAAAGUGUGGUUCAGAGGAAGACUCCACCACCCAGGAGAGCAACCAUUCGCAACGUUAACAGCAUUCAUGCACAAGGACGGCAUAAAAUCAGCCAAGACGUCUACCGCAAGAACAGCCGUCGUUAUGUACAGCAGCGGAGGAGCAACUCCCCUCAAGUGCGCAGACACAGGGGCUCCGCAAAGUCCCCUCUGCUGGAGAGAAAGCCCCAGAAAGAUAACAUCCCCACACUCAGGCCACAGGGCGAUUAUGAGCAGAAGACACCGGUGGUUCCUCCGCGGCCUAGUGCAGAACUCAUCAUGGAGCGAUGCACUGAGAAUACACGCAAGAAGAUCAGCAUCCGCACGGCCCGCUGAGCUGGAGCUCUGGCAAGCUCAAUGGUGUUUUUUUGCCCCCAACGGCACCUUCCAGGCAGCACAGCCUAAAAGGCGCUACCUUUACCCUGUUCCUAACCCUAACCCCCUCAACCCUCAUCCUACCCCUAAACUGAGGGGAGUAGUGCCUUGAAGGCAGCGCUGCCUGGAAGGCACCAUUGAGGGCAAAUAAUACCAAAGACCAUCUGGCAACCUCACUGGACAUCCUGUGUCACCUAUAACUCACCAGAGACCUGUCCUUAUUGUAUAACAGCGCAUUGAACUUUCAUAGAAAGAGAAUAGUAGUGCUCAAUAGAGAUCUGUCAUCCUUGUAACAGUGCAUUACAUUUUCAUAGAAAGGGAGAGAAUAUUAGUAGCCUACAAGUAGCCUAUAUGUUCAAAUAUUACCUCUGUCUAUUGUCUGACAUCUGAGCUUGUUAUCUGCCUUAAAAAAUGUAUUGUGCUGGUUGGUUUUCUGUACCUUGAUAAGCUAUUUACAAUGAUUGAAAUAAAUUUCCAUUUUAUUGAUGUCAGAUUACAA